AUGGCCGGCGCCGACGCGCGCGGCGUCGGCGCGCUCGACGCCACCUCGACGUCCGCGCUCCGCGACGCGCUGCUCGCCGCGGCGACGGAGAUACACGCGGACGCGGCGGCCGCGCUCGCGCGCGCGCCGGACGCGGCGGAAUCGAUGGCGUCCAACGCGUGGUGCCGCGCGUCCGCGUCCCCGGACGCGUGCGACCUGCAGUCGCACGUCGCCGUCGCGCUGUUUUGGGGUCUCUACGCGGAGCAGAGGACGUCGAUCGCCGCCGGCGGCGACGGCGGCGGCGGCGGCGGCGGCGGCGGCGGCGGCGAAGCGUCGACGCCCGGCUCCGGCCGCGGCGGCGGCGGCGGCGAGAUUUCGCCUCGCUCGAGAUCGUCGUCGUCGUCGUCGCGAGCGAAGACGAAGACGGUCGCGCUGACGUCCGCGUACGGCGUCGAGAAGCGCCUCACGCCGCGCGAGCUCGCGACCGCGAUCGCGGACGCGAUCCCCCCGAGCGCGCGCGCCGAGCUCCUCGUCGACGCGCGCGCGUCUCCGGGGGACAGCGGCGUGAUGCACCUCACCACGCGCGCGAAAUACGACGAGAUGCGACGGCGAGGCAUGAUGCGUUGCGCGUCGUGCGGCCGGUUCGUCGCGGGGGACAGGGCGCUGUGGUGGCAUCAGAAGACGCGACACGGGCUGCAUCACGCGACCGCGAUAGAGGCGGUGGAGGACGAGCGGAACGCGCUGUCCACGGGGGUGUACGAGCGAGGGUCGGCGAGCGGCGGCGACGGCGGCGGCGUUUGCGGCGACGGCGGCGGAGGUGAGACUGCUUCCCAUACGACCCCGUUCGCGUGGUGCACGCCGUUCCUUAAGGACUUUUCCCGUCGUCACUCUUCACCCGCGCUUCCCUUUCAACGUUUGACCGGCGACGCGGCGGCGGCGGCGUCUCCGACGAAGACGAAGGACUCGAAGGACCUGGCCGCCGGGUUGAAAGCCGCGCGCGACGGCGACGGAGGAAGCGCCCUCGACGCGCUCGUCAAGGCGGGCAAGGUGGAGGCGCUCUCGGACCCCGGUUUAGACGCCGCGCGAAGAGGCGACGUGGAGACGUUACGGAGGCUCGUCGCCGAAAACGGAUGGGACCCCGCGGCGGCGGCGGAUCGUCACGGCAGCUGCGCGCUGCUGUGGGCCGCGGGCGGCGGGCACCUUCCCGCGUGCCGCUUCCUCGUCGAAGACUGCGGCAUCGACCCGAAGACGGUGUCGCAGAGAGGCCGCAGGGCGUAUCACGGCCGCACCGCGCUGCAUUGGGCGGCGCGGAACGGCCAUCUGGACGUGUGCGAGUACUUCGUGAAGACGCGCGGGAUGGACGUAGACGCGCGGACGGGGGAGGGCACGACCGCGUUCGCGUGGGCGUGCUGGCGAGGGCACGUCCGCGUCAUGCGAUGGCUCGCGGAGGAGGGCGACUGCUCGUACGGCGCGACGAACGCGUUCGGGUGUAACGCCGCGAUGUGGUGCGUUCAGGGCGGCGGCGGCGGCGGCGGCGGCGGCGAGGACGAGGGCGACGACGCGACGCUCGCCGCGUGCGAAUACGUCCGGUCGUUAGGCGUGACGUUUCGGCUUCUGAACGCGAACGGGCACAGCGUGUUGCACAAGGCUGCGCAGCGAGGGAACCGCGCCGUGUGCCUGUGGCUCCUCGGGUACGACGCGCGCGCGAUCGACGGCGACGGCGUCGGCGUCGAACGCUCGCGCUCGCCGCUCGUCGACGCGUCGCACCUCGCGCCGGACAACGAGGGGUUCGCCCCGUCCGACCUCGCGCGUCUCGCCGGCGACGCGCGGCUGAGCGCGUUUUUGGCCGCGCGCGAGCGCGACGCGCGCGCGGAGGAGGACGCGGACGCGCGCGAGACGGACUUGGACGCGGCGACGAGGGCGCGCCUCGCGCGCGUCGCCGCGGCGGCGACGCCGAGGGUCCCGCCCGUGACCUUUUACGCCGCCGCCGCGACCGGCGAUGUCGACCUCCUUCGCGCGAUACUCGCCGAGGAUCCGUACUACCCGUGUCAGGAUAACGGCGGCGGCGCGCUGAUACACGUCGCGGUCGCGUACGCGCAGCUCGACGUCGUGAAGGCGUUGCUCGACGGCGAGGCGUUUCGGUCGACGAAGAAGGGGAACGUAUGCGUGAACCAACGCGGCGCCGCGGGCGGGUUCGGACUGACGCCCUUACACAUCGCGGGCGCGCUAUUUCUGCGGAUCGCCCCGGAGCGAGACGCGCUCGCGGCGAGAGAGGCGGCCGCCGCGACGCUGCGCGCGCUGCCGAAGAGCGACAAGGCGGGACGGAAGGAGGCGUGGAAGGAGGACGCGCGCGCGAGGAAAAUUCUGACGGAGUGCGCGGGCGCUUCGCGCGCGCGCGAGAUGUACCGCGCGCUGCUGCAGCACGGCGCGGACCCGCGCGCGGUCGCGCGCGUGCCGCUCGACGCGCUCGACGCGUGCGGGAUCGUCGUCGCGGAUGGGAUUAGGGUUCGCGACGGGAUCGCGGAGGUCGCGCCGAGAGAUCUCGCGGGCGAAACGUUUCGAUCCGACGUCGCGGCGCUCGAGGCGGAGGCGAGCGAAGCCCCGCCCGCGCGGACGCCUCACGCGCGGCACGGCGAGUGGAGCUUCCUUCGCGCGCGGUACGGCGACGGCGCGGAGGAGGAGGACGGCGAGGACGCGCCGAAACCACCCCCAAACCCUAACCCGCGAAACCCUACGCCCGGGGAAAUCACCCGAGAAGACGUCGCCGGCGUCCCCGGCGCGUUCGUCCUCCGCGGCGUCGUCCACGCCGCCGCGUGCGCCGCGCUCGCGUCCACCGCGGAGUCGAUGCAGCCGGUCGCGCUCGCGUCCGCGAUAGCCGCGGUGACGUCCGGCUCCGUGACGGGGUACGCGCCGCGAAGGGAGACCGCCGCCGCGCGCGCGAUUCGCACGCGCGACGUCGCGGCGACGUUCGCAUCGGCGACGCGCGACCCGCUCGCGUUGAUCUCCGCCACCGCGGGCGUCGACGGCGCGGAGUUCGUCCCGGUCGAGCCCGCGUGGUUCGCCGACGAGGACGAGGCUGCGCGAGCGCUCGCGCCGAUCGCGGCGCGGUGCCGACCGCAUUUGCCGCCGCGCGCGGGCGACGCCGCGCUCGCGGCGCCCGGGCUCGAGUUCUCCCCGGCGCUGCGGUGCUAUCGGUAUCUCCCCGGCACCGCGUCGCCGCCGCAUUACGAUAAGCACUCGACGCGCGAGAUCGCGACCGAGACCGACGGCGUCGCGCAUCUCGCGAGCGCGUACACGGUGGUCGUGUACCUCAACGGCGACGCGCACGAGGGCGGCGCGACGACGUUCUAUCGCCCGAUACAAGAUGGGGAUGGCGAUCAAAAGAGUACCAGCCGACGCGGGAAGACGUGGGCGGUCGGCAACGGCGCGAAGCCGCUGUUCGAGCGCGUCGCGCGCGUGCGCGGCGGGCUCGGGGACGUGCUCUUUUUCCCGCACCGCGUCGCGCGGCCGGGGGAGACGAGGCCGUUCCCGUACGAGCCCAUGCUACACGAGGGGUCGCCCGUGUUCGGCGCCGCGCCAAAGUACAUCCUUCGCACGGACUUGAUGUUCGAGACGAGGAGGCGGCAGGAGACGGCAGCGGGAGACGUCGGCAGGAGACGGCGGCAGGAGACGGCGGCGGGAGACGAGGAGGCGUAGUAUUAGAAACUAAUAGAGCGAAAUAAAUAGGAGUCGCGAACGAACUAAACCACGUCGUUCGAUCGAUCGAUCAACGGCUCCUCGGCGUGCGUUGGACGCGGCGCUGGUACGCCACGCACGCCUUUACGUCGCCGAGAAGCCCGACGGCGACGGACGCGUCGCGCGCGACGAUUUCCUUCUCGCAGUACAGAUGCAUCGGCGACAUCGCGGGCUGGUCGCGAAGCUUCGCGAGCGCCUUCUUGACGUUGUGCAGCUCCGACGCGCGCGCUUUCGGGUCCCACGUCACGCCUUUGAUCGCCUCGUGCUCGAGCUCGGAGACGAGCUCGCACAGGAGCGUGCCGUCGCCGCACGCCUCCGCGAGCUCCGCCGCGGGCGAUGGCGACCCCGACAGCGCCUCCAGCGCGCUCUCCGUCGGAGCCAGCGCGGCCAGCGCGGUGCCCUUGCGUCGCAGAGAGACGCCGAGGGAGUCGAUCCAGCGCGCGAUGCGCGCGGCCUCGACGUCGAGGUCGCUCCAGCCGCUGACUUUGACUCUCCCGGCGCUCUCUCGGGGCGGCGGCGCC